ACGCGGCGAGAGGGUGAUGACGAGACGUGCGAGGUGGUGGAGUACCUCCACUGGUCGCGGAGGAGAGAAGAGAGACUUCCACUGGCGAUAGUGGCAACCCGGCUAGUACACCCCGCGCGCGCGCGGCUGCAGGUGUUGUAUCCCAAGAGAAAAGCCUGUCCCGGCACCCCGUGUGAGUGUGAGUGCGUGAGUGCCCCCUUGGCGGUCCGAGUGUGUGUUAGAGUAUCACGUCCUUCGGCCAGCAGCUCGCGAUCCUGGAUACGUUGUAACUAGCGUUUGCAUCGACUCUGCGAAAGUGAGACCCCGACCUCGCCCACCCUCGCCUCGGCGAUCGCGGCGAGGCGGCUUCGUCUGUCACCUGGAAAUCCGUUCGGACAUCUUCCGACCGUCACGGCGCUCCAUGUGUAUUCACUGCGAAGAAGAGGAGGAGGUAGUUGGGCCCUGUCGGUCGUCCUCGUAGAGGAGGUGAAGGACGCGGUAGACGUGGAGAUGCGGUAGAGUGUAAGGAAAAAGAGAGGAGAGAGAAAGACACAGACAAAGAGAGAGAGAGAGAGAGAGAGAGAGAGAGAAAGAGAGAAAAAGAGCGGGACAAAAAAGGCAGAAAAAUGUGCGGGGAUGGUGCGCGUUUGGAGGACGAUGAGGAUCAUUACACCGGCGUUAUGCCACAACGGCCGGACACCUGCAACGAAGACUCUUACCUGAGAUUGGGCAGACCAUCCAGCUUAUUCCGGACCAGUUUCAGCAGUGCUCGACUCGAAACGCUCUACCGCGCCUCCUCGCUCCAACAACGUCGCGGCGGCCUCCAAUGUUUCCUGAUGUCGGCGAUCCUCUAUGGGAUCUACACGGUGGCGUCUCCCGACCCGGAACUGCCGUCACGCAGCCUCACCGCCGUGUUCCUCGGCCUGAAUCUCGGUCUGCUUGCCUGGGCCAAGCAUGGCACGAAGAAGAAGGACGCGCAGUCUACGUGGACAUGGAUGGCGGCGCCGUACUUUGUGUGGCAGCUGUACACCGUAGAAUUGCUCCUACAGCUGUUCGUCAAGACCACCGACGUCACGCCGAGAGAUGGCCUAGGCUGGUUGCUGUUAUUCCUCUACCUGCUAUUCGCCACUUUGCCACUCAGGCUAUCUAACUGCGUGUUCCUCGCGUGCGGUACUGCGCUCGCGUACAUCUUCGUUGUGGUUGGCCUCUCCAAGGCGCCGGAUCAGAUACCCUACGACAUUCUGAUCCUGACGGUGACACUCUCGGCCGGCGCCGCUAUUUUGGGUGCUUCCAGCUACUGCCUGGCGGAGUUCCAGCAGCGUCGGGAGUUCCUGGAGACCAGACAGAGUCUGGAGGCACAGCUGAUGUUCGAGGAGCAGAGCACGGAGCAGGAACGACUGCUGCUCAGUGUCUUGCCGGAGCACGUCGCUGUUAUGAUGCGGCAGGAUCUCGGCGCCUCCCUCGACACACAAUUCAAGAAGAUCUACAUGUCCAGACACGAAAACGUGUCGAUACUUUACGCCGACAUAGUCGGCUUCACCGCAAUCUCCUCGACCUACAGCGCCAGCGAGCUGGUCAAGAUACUCAACGAGCUUUUUGCACGUUUCGAUCAACUCAGCGAACGAUACGAGCAAUUGCGUAUCAAGAUUUUGGGAGACUGUUACUACUGCAUAAGUGGUGCGCCCGUUGAAAGGCCAGACCACGCUGUCCUCUGCGUGCAUAUGGGGCUCUCUAUGGUGGAGGCUAUCAAAUACGUUCAACAGACGACCAACAGUCCCGUUGACAUGAGGGUGGGCAUUCAUACGGGUGCGGUGCUUGCCGGGGUGCUCGGGCAGAGACAAUGGCAAUUCGAUGUCUACAGCAAGGACGUCGAGCUGGCGAACAAGAUGGAGAGCAGUGGAAUGGCCGGGAGGGUACACAUCUCGAACACGACGCUGAGCUUCCUAAAUGGAGAAUUCGAGGUCGAGCCGGCGCACGGUGAGCAUCGGGAAGAGGCACUCCAAAAAGCUGGCCUUGUCACGUACUUUAUAGUGAAAGCCUUGAAGCCAUUUAAGCCGGCGGUAACGAAGAGUCUGGCGUCGCUAGUGGACGCGGAAAAUUCGCGAAGGACAAUGGAGAACGCGCCGGACAGCAGGAACAAUAAAGAGGACUCGGAGGAGUUUCGGCAGCGGUUGAGGAAGAAACUCGACAGAGGUGGUGGCACCGACCUGAAAUGUCACGCCUCCUGGUUGACCCUACGGUUCAAGGAUCCGAAAGUGGAGAAGGCCUUCCACAGUGCCGAGGAGGCCUUCUCACCCCUUUCAUUGUUGGGUGGACCUCUGGUGACUCUCUGCGCGGCUCCCGUCUGGAGGUUUCAACCCUGGGGACCGUUCACGUGGGGCGGCGCCGGAGUGGUCGCCCUCUUCGGCGUUGUGUUGGCCGGAGCUACCUGCCUAGGCAGCGCCGUCAGAGCGACGUGGCUCAGAAAAACCCUCGCAAUCUUAAUGGCAUUCUCUCUUACCGAAUUUCUGCUGUUAGACAUGAGUAACUGUGCGAUCAUCACCGACGUCGAACGACCCACGAACACCUCGAUAAACUGGACUCCACGGUGCCCGUAUCCCUCUUACUACUCGUACAUCGGCGUCCUCGCGCUGGUCGCGAUCUCGAUGCCGACGUAUCUUUGUUACUUAUACAAGGCGUUCCUGAUGUAUAUCCUUGCCGGUGGACAAUGCUGCUACAACAUCCUAUUCCUUGCACCGACCAUCAACAGGGAGGAUAUGAUGUCAAACUCAGCUGGACCGGAAUCUCGUUUUCCGCUCAAAUACUCAUUAUCAGCCAUCUUGCUCAUCAUCGCAACCGCAUUGGUCAUCGUGGCGAGAUACGCUGAGAAGGCGCGAAGGAUGCUCUUCCUGAGAGGACGAGAGGUAGUUGCGCAGAAGGAACGAGCGGCCGAUAUGAAGCGGAGAAAUGGCGUGCUGAUCUACAAUAUUCUGCCACCACACGUGGCCGUGCAUUUCCUGUCGAGCGCGAAGCAUCACGACGAUCUCUACAGCCAGAGCUAUGCCGAAGUAGGUGUGUUGUUCGCCAGUAUACCGAACUUCGCGGACUUCUACACUGAAGAAACCAUCAACAAUCAAGGCCUCGAGUGCCUGAGAUUUCUCAACGAGGUCAUCUCAGACUUCGACGCUAUUCUCGAUCAGAAUAAAUUCAAGGAUACCAUCAUCAAAAUCAAGACGAUAGGAUCGACCUAUAUGGCCGCCUCGGGGAUCACCGAGUCGAUCGUGUCGGAGGACGGUCCCCGAUGGGGUCACCUUUCGACUCUCGUGGAAUUCGCUCUGGAGCUGAAGAAAGCCCUGUCAGGCAUCAACGAGCAAAGUUUCAAUCAUUUCGUUCUGAAAAUGGGCAUCAACCAUGGACCGGUCACCGCCGGUGUCAUCGGUGCGAGGAAGCCUCAUUACGACAUUUGGGGCAACACCGUCAACGUCGCGUCGAGGAUGGAGAGCACAGGAAAAGUCGGCUGCAUUCAGGUUACUGACGAAACACGGAGGAUCCUGGAGCCGUUUGGCUUCGGCUUCGAGCAACGAGGUCUCGUCGACGUGAAGGGCAAAGGACAGCUGUUGACGCACUACCUUAUCUCCAAAGAUGGCGUGUCUCUAGACCUCGACAGCGAUCUUCCCGUCGAGCCUACCCAUCCUAUAAUCUAUCAGUAAUGUACUCUCGAAAGGCUCUAAUUCGAACGAGGAAGAAGCUACGAUACCUCUUCCGAGAAGCGUCAGAUCGAAGAUCAGAGGUUCCUUCUAGAUCCUCGAGUCGCUUGGUCGGCGACGAACGAGAAGGAACAGAAGUUGACGAAUCACGAUUGUCUCUGUACCACCGAACGGUUUUCCUUCAAGAGCGUUCGGCAAACUAAACGUAAUGUCGUAGAGAGCUCUCUAAAUGUGUGUGUUAGAAUCCUCGUGUCUCGGAGAACGGGAACAGCACGCAAAGGAAGAAACAGAAGACAUUUGAACGAACGGGCAGGAUCGACUUUUUAGAUCAGAUCGUUCGCGAGUCAUCGUAUCGCCAAGUUAUCAUUGACGGAUUGAUCGAUUGGGGUGAAGAGAGAAGAAAGAAGUCGCCGUCGAUUGUUCACUGUUUACGUCUAAUGUUUAUACGCGCAAACUCGCGAAGGAGUCGCGACUCUCUCUCUCUUCGAUGUGUUUCGAAGCAGAUGAAAAUUGUCGAGACUCGUCGAAGAGGAGAAGUGUCGCGACCGUUCUGUCCGCGCAUAUAUUCUCGCGAAUUUAUGGCGGGGAUGCGUCGUACUCGUACAGGGUAUAUCCGAAACCAAAAAGUAGUAAGUUUAGAUGAAACUGCGCGAGCUGAAAUCGAGUGAAACGAUACCUUGAUGUCACCGUGUAAAUAGCGGCGGGUCCGUGUACAGGAGAAUACGCGCGGAUCAUCCCCUCAAAGUAUAAACGUAGGAAUAACUACUUCGUUUGUGGCGAGUCUCAUAGUCUACGUCUAAUUUCUUUCUGCAAGUCGCAUCGGUCAGAUACUUGAUUGCCGACGUGAAUAUUACGCGAGAGUAAUUCGCGAAUCCUAUCAAUGUCAGAUGAUCCUCAUCGAUACGAGCAAUAAUCUAAGGAGAGAGAAAGAGAGAGAGAGAGAGAGAGAGAGAGAGAGAGAGAGAGAGAAGCGGGAGGGAGGACUCAAAAGGACGAAAGUAAAAAUGUAAAAGAAGUAAUUCAAAGGAAGUACAAAGUUACCUGUUUCCGCAACACCGAUUUAGAUUUACCAAUGGCGUUCAUACAUGACACAAUCUAUCGUUCAUCCGAUUACAAAUCACUCGGAGCGAGAAGUAACGGGAUAGACGAUUUAACGAACGGUAUCUCUUUAGGAGUUUAGAAAUGUAUUUAUCUUCCGGAUUAGCCUCCGGAUACACAUCAUUUGUAGAUAUGCACUCUCGUGCGAGAUAUAUCAAAGAGAUACAAUAUAUGUACGACGGAGGUACUCAGUAAAGAAAAGAAGAAAGCAAAGAAACAAAGAAAAAGAAAGAGAGAGAAGAUAAGAACAAACAAGAUCACGAGACUAUAAACGUGCGCCGUAAAUUAAAGAAGACAAAAAAAGAAGAGAGAAAAAAGACCAUCGCCGAUACGGUAACAAUUUAUUUUUCUACAGUGUCGCCGAGUUUAUCACAGACCAAGAUGACUCGAGUACGUACAACGCACACGAGGAGAAGCUUGAAGUGGUUUUCUACUGACUCUUUCGUUACGUUUCGACGGCGCACACACCGCUUUGUCAUCUCAGUACGAAACACACAAAGGUCUCUGUUGCGCGUGUUUGAGACAACGUUUUCUAUUCGGUCCUGCUCUCAAAUUUUUCGGGUAGAAGUCGAAUCCGAGAUACAACGUUAAAGCUCGCACGAUUCGCAGCCGCGUUGAAUGUAACGAGAAAGUUACGCAGAAGGGAAGAAGGGAGGAGGAAAGAGAAAGGAAAUACGACGAAGAAUUAAAUAAUAAUCAAGAAACAAGGAAGAGCACGGCCUAAAAGCGCGAGGUGAAGUUGAGGACAAGUCGAGAACGAAUUGUUUCCAGGAGACAAGCAAUACAUUUCAGGAUCGCUCUACGAAUCGCGUCUUUCCAUUUCCGGCCGAUUUCUCGCCCGCAUAAUCACACACAUAACAAACAAACACACACAUACAUUUUCCAUAGAUCGAUCGAUCGAUUGAUACGCAAAAAAAAGUGGAAUGAACGGAAAAGAAUGGAACGGAAACCACGAUUGGCGUGUGGCACAGAUCUUCUGUGAAAAAUCGAUCGAUUGAGAGAAAUUAACAUCACAAGUUAAUCUUUACGUUUUUGCAAAUUUUCAUUCGGCACAUCCGUUAUUUUCUUUUUGUUUCUCGCGAGCUGGUUACGCGAGCAAAUAACAACGCGCGAAGAAGAAGAACGCGUACGUAGUCGCGUAUAAGAAGAAUAUAUCACUGUAGAUAUCUUAGCAUACCUUAGAUGCGACAAAACGGACUCGAGGAAUGAAGGGGGCACUCGAGUGGUGAAACUUUUAAAUUUCCUAGCGACAAGUAAACGCACAUGAAGGGAGAGAGAACAGAGGGUGAUCGUGGUGCGGAAUCACGCGAGAAACCUCAUUCCCGUGUCGGCGAAGUAAUAAAUAGCACCUUCGCCUACGAGAAAAAUGAUAUUUUCUUUUUUCACAGAGAAGCGCUCGCGCGUCGCGCUCGCGAGAUUUAUUCGUCGAGGUUCGAAAAGUAUUCGCGCCGAGUUCGAAACAAGCUUUCGAUCGCGCUGUGAAUCAUAAAUUGUGGUCUUAAGCUCGCCUCGGAACGAGAGACGACCGGAAUAAAUGCUGCAUGACGACGUCUUAUGAAGAUAACUUGAAAAUAAGACGAGUUUAAACGUCAAAGGUUCGGCCUAAUAAAGCGCUGACUCGGAAUUACGAAGCCGCGAGUAACAGACUCUCUCGAGAGGAAUUAGAUAACGAGAGAGUGAGAGAGUAAUCCUCCCGAAAAACUCCUUUUAGAUUUCGAUUAUGAAUGAAUCUGCGAAUCUUUAUUCUGAAGCGGGACACUUCGUCGACUAUCAAUCGAGUUGUUUCGCGGUUGGUUCGCGGCGGCGAAUCAAAUCCAUUUAUGAAGCUUCUAGAUUCGCGCCAAUCGAUGAGCCACACGAGUGGCGAAGUGUUAGCGUUAAAAAAACAACAUUAGUAUCUUUGUAAAUAAACUUCGAAUUAGAAUUCUGUGAAUUCUGUGAAUUCUGUGAAAGUAAAGUGAAAUUAAUGGAAGAACAAGACCCGACUGCUUACAUAAUCCUGAAAUCUUCCAGUCACCUUCGUGGUAGUUUGUAUCUCGCACGUUGAGACGGCUUGACUUCUAUUCAAAUCAAGGGUGGAAUUAAAAGCAUUACCAUUGACACUAGCAUUUUUCAUCAUUCUUUUAUUGUUUCCUCUUGUGUCUCAAUGAGAGGGAGGAGAGUAACAUCGCGAAAUGGAACGAUCGAGUGGAGGUAGCUGCGACAUU